GCACAUUGUUUCUCUUACCAAAUUUUCAUUAACGAAUAUUUUUCUCUGUUGUGGAUCAUCAAAUGGCGGAAUCGAAGACAAAGUUUGCAGAAAUCAGAGAAUGGAUCGUUGAUCACAAGCUUCGUACCGUUGGUUGUUUAUGGCUGAGUGGUAUCUCUGGUUCGAUCGCCUAUAACUGGUCUAAACCUGGCAUGAAAACCAGUGUCCGAAUCAUCCAUGCUAGGCUACACGCUCAGGCGCUGACAUUGGCAGCUCUAGCUGGAGCAGCAGCAGUGGAGUACUAUGAUCACAGAACUGGAUCCACCGAUCGUUACCCUAAAUUUCUCAAGCCUGAUAACUUGAAUAAAGACUAAACAGUUAUGUUCAUGGCUUGUGAUGUCUAUUCUAGGCAUACCAUAGCUAGUGAAUUUUUUUAUAAUGUUUCUUGAAUCCUUCUCUUUGGUAAAUUUGGAUUUAAUGUUGGGCUACUUAUAUAGUCCCUACGGGAUGCUAAUCUGUAAGAGAUACAUACACUUUCAGAAAAAAAUAACGAAUACUUAUAUUCCGU